CUCGUUGGAUCGCAAAAUCCCUCGUCCAUGCUAAACUUGCGCGCCGCGCCCUUGUUCAACUUUCUUAUGCUAUUGGUGUGCCUGAACCUCUUUCUAUUUAUGUCGACACUUAUGGUACAUCAAACAAGACUAAUGCUGAAUUGCUGAAGAUUAUUAAUGAAAACUUCGAUUUGAGGCCUGGUAUUAUUGUGCAACAACUUGGACUUCAUAAGCCAGAUGGUUGGUGUUACGAACAAACUGCUUCAUACGGUCAUUUUGGUCGUGAAGAGUUUCCUUGGGAAAAAGUCAAAGAACUUAAUUGU